UGAAUGGGCGAGCGGCGUGGCCCCCUGCCCCGGGGGGGCGAGCAGGGGUGAAGAUGGCUGCGCUGGGGAAAGCCGGGCCCACGGGCACCCCCAUCCCCGAAAGAAAGUUAAAGCAAUGGCCGGCAGAGCCAGGAGCAGGUGGAGCGCGCUGCGAGUUCUGCUUUCCUGGCAGCAAAACGCUGCGAGGCGCCUCGGGAAAGCGAGUUUUGCGCGGGACGCGUCCCCGGCAGGGCUGUCCUCUUCACUCGUGACCACGUCGCCUGUCAGGUCGAUGAAGCGGAUGCAAGCCGAAGGCUCAAAACACGUCGCUGAGCUGCAUCGUUGCAUCGCUGGGGAUGGAUGAAGCGGGUCGACAGGUCGUGGCGAUUUAGGGCUGACCUCUGGAGCCUCUGGAGGAGGCUCGUUUGUGUUCGCUUGUGGGAGCCUGGAGAAGCGCUGGGGGAGUGGUGACCCGUAGUAACUGGUGCAGGUGUCAGGAGGAUUUGAUGCUUGACUGUGCAGAGAGGAGCUGCAUUAGCUGGUAACAACAGUUCAGCACUGUUAGAAGUAAGAGGGGUGACUGGAAGCUUGACUUGUACCGAGCUGUUUAUAAGUGAGAAAUAGAGAAUCUUUGGACUUCAUUUCCUUUCAGGAUAAUGUAAAUGGAAUUCAUAGCCCGAUGUCACCAAGACUCACGAUUUAAUUUGCGACUAUGUCCUCAGGUGGGUCCAGUGGUGCUUCAUCAGGUCAGGUUCAGCACUGCAGAAGUAAGAUUUCUGGGGCUGUUUUUGGAAGCUGCCUAUGUGGAAUUGUGAAUUUGGAGUUAGAAGAUCCUAUCAGAAGUACAUGGAAUUAUUUUUUCCUAUCCCAAAUCUCUCAUAGGUACAUUGGUAUCCUCUGCAGUUUAGACUGUUAGAUCUUGUAUUGAGAUCGAAUGUUGCUGAGUAGACUUGUCAUUAGCAAAGGUGCAAAUCUUGCAAAUUAGCUUCAGUUCUGUUCCCUUCAUGUUUCUUAAGUCAUCUGCAUGUGCAUCAAGUAUUGUCACUUUUCAACUCUCCUCUGACUUGAACCUUUCCUGGAAACAUGGGACCACAUAAUACAGCCAUUUUCUGCUUGGAUCUGGUGUCUCAUGUGCUCUCACAGUGUGUUGUGGCUGGUCAGGUCUGAGUGUUGAUGCGUUUUUUAGGUGUAUACUUUUAAGGACAUGGAUCAGCUGUUGCUGCUGAUGGAACUUAGCCUGUAUAGAUGGGGUGGUAGCUCAGUGGUGAGGAUGCAGUCAGAUUGCUGUGGAUGCUUCUGGAUUAGCAGGAGCGUGGUGCUGCCUGUUCACGUUGCGUUGGAAGUGACUCCCUUACCUGCCAUUUGUGUUACGAAGUGCCCUGCUUUGCUGCGCUGUGGGGAUUUUUUUGUGCAGCUUCCUCUCAGAGCUAAACUUCUGUUUCUUGUCAGUCACAACACAGGGAUAGAGCUUCAAGAGAAGCAUCAUGUUGCCACCAGACUGCCAUUUACUUUUUGGCACUGCAAGAACAUGUCAUUUUUGCUUUUGCUUAAACACAGCAAUAGUCUGGAUCUCCUCCUGCUUAAGUAAAGGCAACGAUGCAGCUGGAUCCAGCUUUCUUGUGCUGGAAAAAACCUUUACCAUCGACCAUCUUCACUGAUAGAGGAUGUGGCCAAACUCUUUGCCUGCAAGAAACUUCCAAGGCUGAUGAGAAUGCACAGCCAUCCUUCCUGUGCAGUGAUUUAUAUAGGGAAUCCAAUGUGGUCAUAGGGAGCUACAGAAAAUAGAGGCCUUUCUUCUUGAGGGCUUUCCCAACUGUGCUGGCAUUGUUGAUGUGUGUUGCGAUGUCCUCAUUAUCUGCUUGUGUCUCAUCAGACUUGAUUCAUUAUCGAUGAAAGGAGAUACAGAUCCUUCUGCCAGUGAGAACCAAGACAGUCUGAUUUGAAGAAUGAUAUGACAGACUACUUAUUGCUGUGUUCUUAAGUUCUGUGUGUCGUAUUAAAAGCAACCUGUAAUUUUUUGUGCUCACAGGCAGUCUAGAGCUUUAGCUUUGAGCCCUCUGUUGCUUCCCUCUGGUGCUGCCUCAUGACAGUCACAGCUUAUCCUCUGUAGAGGAAAAAUGCAGGGGUAUAUUAAAUGUUGCAACACAGAGGGAAGAAUGUGUAUAUUAUGUGUUUAUUAAAAAUAACCUGAAAUGAUUAGUAGAUGUGUAGCUAUGAAAUUGGAGUGGAGUUGGGAAGUGGAGACAUCUUGUUAGCUGCCAAGAGUCAGUGUUGUGCCAUUCCCUGGUGGAUUCUUUCUUCUAUACAGUAUCUCCUGCACAUUUCUACCACUGGGAGGUUUUUGAGAGGCUGUGGGGAAGUAUGGCUUAAUCUUUAGUUGGAUCCUCAUGGGUGGUGGGAUGACAAAUCCAGGAACUGUCUCUGAAGUGACAGUACGUCCUGACUGGGAAGAUACGAGGAGGUCUGUCUGCUCUUUGUGUUAACUUAGGCUACUCCUAUUUCUCAGUCUAACAUGAGCUCAGCAAAGAUUGCUGAUGCUGUUUGACUGUACUGUGUGGUUGCCCUGCAGUAUACAUAGCCAACUUCAGAAUUUGCAGUUAUCUCAUUGCCUCUGAAUCCUUGGGUACUUUUUCUUUCUGCCAUAUCAUGGCUAUGGCCUCUUGGAUGCUGGGAACCAAUCAAGGGAAGUAGUGAUGGUUCUCCUUUUCUCCAGUAGAUAUGGGUCCUCAUUACUGGUCCUUUUUCCCUGCUGUUUUUCUGUUCUUCCUGUGGUGGAUCAGAUUAUGGCCAGAACUGCAGUGUAGGGAACAGGAACUGGUGUAAGGAUCUUCAGCAUCUCUGUGAAGAGAGGAGAGCGAACGAGCUGGUGGUAGGAGCCUUUGUAUGUAGGUUCUAGACAUGUGUGGAAGAAGGGGGUUGCAGAGAGGUGACUGCUGGAGCAGCAGUAGAGAUGGGUGGUCCCACUGCUGAGAUCUCUAUGUCUCUUCAAGCAGCUUUUAACCUGAGUGGUGGAUCUAUGUCACUUCAGGAACUGAAGCUUCGUCUUUAAAAGGUGCAGUGCUGUGAAAACUGUUAUUGACGAUAAAAAAAUGGACAUGUUGCAGAUACUACGUAAAACCACAGAGCGCUUAGAGUGUGAUCACUGUAGCUUCAGAGGAACGGACUAUGAAAACAUACAAAUUCAUAUGGGUACCAUACACCCAGAGUAUUGUGAUGAAAUGGAUGCUGCUGGUUUGGGUAAACUUAUAUUUUAUCAAAAAAGUGCAAAACUUUUUCACUGCCACAAAUGUUUCUUUACCAGCAAGAUGUACUGCAACGUGUAUUAUCACAUAACAGCACAGCAUGCAACACCCGAGAAGUGGAAUGAAAAGCGGAAAGAACAGGCAGAAGGAGAUUCAGAUUCCUCCAAGAAAAGUGUCACGUUGGAGCUACAGAAACCUACCCUUUCCCCUGAGUCGUGCAAACCUGCCCUUUCUCCUGAACUCCCCAAAUCUGAACCUGUUGUUUCCCCCAAGCUUCAGAAAUCGUCAGUGUCCCCAGAGCCCCAGAAGUCGGCUCAGGCGACUUCCUCAGAGGCAGAGAAGUCAGCCCAGGCCACGUCCCCAGAUCCAGAAGAGUCAGCCCAGGCCACAUCUCCUGAUCCAGAGAAGUUAGCUUCAGCUGUAUCCCCAGAUUCAGAGAAGCCGCCUCCUGCUGUGUCCCCUGACCCACAGAAGCCAUCUCCUGCUGUGUCCCCUGACCCACAGAAGCCAGCUCCGGCUGUGUCUCCAGAGCCCCGUCGGCAUUCCCCGGCUGUGUCUCCAGAGCCCCGUCGGCAUUCCCCGGCUGUGUCUCCAGAGCCCCGUCGUCAUUCCCCUGCUGUAUCACCAGAGCCCCGUCGCCACUCUCCUGGUGUGUCUCCGGAGCCUCGCAGAUACUCCCCAGCUGUGUCACCAGAGCCAAAGAAACCUACUCCAGCAGUAUCCCCCGAACCGCGAAGGUAUGCCCCGGCUGUGUCUCCUGAGCCCCGGCGGCAUUCUUCUCAAAUGCGUAGGCCUGCUUCUGCUUCUUCUCCUGAAAGCCGGAGGCCUGGUCCUGCAGUUUCGCCAGACUCAUGGAGACCUGGUCCAACUGUUUCCCCCGAGCCCUGGAGAUCUACACCUCAUGAGGUGCAGAAGUCUUCCGCAGUUUCUCCCUGGGCUCCAAAGCCUGCUGUGUCAGUGUCCAUAGAAUCCCGGAGGUCUGCACCUGAGUCUCGAAGGCCUGGCCCUGUUGUGUCACCAGAGCCUAGGAGGCUUGUUUCUGACUCGUGGAAAUCUACGUCCUUUUCUGAAUCCCAGAAGUCUACUCUUGUUUCUUCUGAGCCGUGGAAACCCAUCUCAUCUGUUUACCCUGAAGGCUGGAAACCUGUUCUGUCCCCUGACACAUGGAAGCAUUCUCCCCCUGUUUCUCCUGAGCUUCGCAAGUCUGGUCACACAGUUUCCUCUGACACUUGGAAGCCUUCUUUCUUUCCUGAGGUCCGUAAGCCUGGCGCUUCGGUAUCUCCCGAAUCUUGGAAACUCUCUGAGUCCCGGAAAUCUAUGUUUUUUUCUGAAACUCAGAAAUCCACCUCUGCUGCUUCCUCUGAGAUUCAGAAGCGGGCUCAUUUCCCUGAACCUCGGAAAAGGGCUUUGUUCCCAGAGUCUCGUAAAUCUAGUCCUAAUGUUUCUACCGAUGUCCAGAAACGUGCUGUCUUUUCUGAGCCCCAAAAUCAGGUGUCUACUUCUGCUGUUUCUACUGAAGGCCAAAAACAUGCCCUAUGUUCUGAAGCCCAGAAAUCAGCUCUUGUUUCUCCUGAAGUCCAGAAGCAUGCCCUAUUUUCUGAGGCCCAGAAACUUGCUCCGAUUUCCCCUGAAGUUCAGGAGCAUGCUUCCUUUCCAGAAUCUCAAAAAUCAUCUUCUCCUGAAAUUCAGAAACAUGGCUUCUUCACCGAGUCCCAAAAGCCUACUCCUUCCGUUUCUCCCGAGACCCCCAAACAAGCUGUUUUUACUGACUCCCAGAAAUCUGCUGUUUCCCCUGAUAUUCAAAAGCAUGCUGUAUUUUCUGAAAUGCAGAAACCUGCUGCUGCUCUAUCCUCUGAUGUCCAGAGACAUGCUGAAACUACUGUACUUUCUGAAAUCCAGAAGAACAUCCUGUUUUCCGAGCCUCACAAGUCUGCUCCAGGUUUUUCCUCUGAGCCCCAGACACCUAGUGAGUCUGGUGAGAGUGACUUUCUUUCUCACAGUUUAGAUGAUCAGAAACCACUGGAUGAUUUAUUCUCACAGGAUGAACAAUCAAUAUUAGCCAAAGAAUCACCAGAUGACAUCUUAUAUUCAUGCCCAAAAAAGAAGCCCAAGAAGGAAAACCAGGAGAACUCAGAUUCUGAACUAAAUAGCAGUGAGUGUGGAAAGACAGAGAUGGACUCAAUGGAGAUAAAGGAGCAAGAAUCCAACAGUGACCAAGAGCAAUAUGAUAUGGAGCCAUCUGAUUAUGGCAAAGAGAGCAAAAUAGAUGCAACUACUCCCAUGCAGCCACAGUGUGUGCUGCAGUUUACUGAAGAGAAAGAGGCUUUCAUCUCUGAGGAAGAAAUAGCAAAAUACAUGAAGCGUGGCAAGGGAAAGUAUUAUUGCAAAAUUUGUUGCUGUCGUGCGAUGAAAAAAGGUGCUGUCUUGCACCAUUUAGUUAACAAGCAUAAUGUUCAAAGCCCAUACAAAUGCAAAAUAUGUGGCAAAGCUUUUCUCUUGGAGUCUCUUCUUAAAAACCAUGUUGCUGCUCAUGGUCAAAGUUUGUUGAAGUGUCCACGUUGUAAUUUUGAAUCAAAUUUUCCCCGAGGCUUUAAGAAACAUUUAACCCAUUGCCAAAGCCGUCAUAGUGAUGAUACACCUAAAAAACACUUGGACAGCCUUGAACCACUUGAAGAACAACUUUAAUCUGGUUUUUAACUUGUGCUAGAAAAGAUGGAUUUACAGAAGUGUUCAACAGUGUUGCUGUAUGUUAACCGAGUAGUUUAGCUGAUCUGACAAGUCAGAAGAUGCAUGGUUUAUUGUACUAUGUUUAACUUGUCUUAUAGCUGUAUUACUGAAACGAUUUACUUUCGAAAGUCAUUUUAAAUACGUGUUCACGUCUUUGUAUUAUCCAUCGGUAGAGUCAUAUUUUAUUUUUCAGAUGUACUAUGUUUUUGAAACCAAAAUGGAUACAAAUUAGUUUUUUAAAGAUUUGUAAAACAUACAGGCAAUUAAGGACUGAGUGGCAAGCGAUCCAUAUAUUCCUGUGAAGACUGAACUUGUUUUUUCAUAUUUGUUAAAUGUUGUAUUUUUCAAAAUGUUUUUAUCAAAUUCUCAGAAUUAAAAUUCUCACCAAAUUGAAUGUGAAUAAGCCAGGUAUGACAAACUACCAAUCCAUCUGGAGUAGUUUUGCCCUAAGGUUGUAAUUGAGUGUAUAGUCAUUUGUUGGAAAUUUAUUGCACUCAAUUCUCUAACUUAACUUGUCUCAGAUUUAGAAGCAUCAAGGUACUUAUUUUGUGACUGUAUUUUGGCCAUGUUUUAAGCAUGUACUAAUAUACCUUAAAUCGAUGGAUUAACGUCAGACUAUGUAUAGCUCAACACUUUCUCUUGAUGAUUCAGAUGUUUGUAAUGUCAGAAACCCCCUAAAUUUCUUGUAUUUGGUGAAAUGUUAUGCUUUAAUCUUUUAACAAUAAAAAGAAAC